UUCUGCUUGCUUUGCAGGAUCCUUCCAACCAAAAAUGCGGCGGCCGGAAGAAGACGGUGUCCUUCAGCAGCAUGCCUUCGGAGAAGAAGAUCAGCAGCGCCAACGACUGCAUCAGCUUCAUGCAGGCCGGCUGCGAGCUGAAGAAAGUGCGGCCCAACUCUCGCAUCUACAACCGGUUCUUCACCCUGGACAUCGACCUCCAGGCGCUGCGCUGGGAACCCUCCAAGAAAGACCUCGAGAAAGCCAAGCUGGAUAUUUCUGCCAUCAAGGAGAUCAGGCUGGGCAAGAACACGGAGACCUUCAGGAACAACGGCCUUGCUGACCAGAUCUGCGAAGACUGCGCCUUCUCCAUCCUCCACGGGGAAAACUACGAACCUCUGGACCUGGUUGCCAAUUCGGCGGAUGUGGCAAACAUCUGGGUGUCAGGCUUACGGUACCUGGUCUCGCGCAGUAAGCAGCCGCUUGAUUUUAUGGAGGGGAACCAGAACACACCGCGGUUCAUGUGGCUGAAAACCGUGUUUGAAGCCGCCGAUGUGGACGGGAACGGGAUCAUGUUGGAAGACACUUCCGUGGAGCUAAUAAAACAACUCAACCCUACUCUGAAGGAGUCUAAGAUCAGGUUAAAGUUCAAAGAAAUCCAGAAGAGCAAGGAAAAACUGACCACCCGGGUUACAGAGGAGGAAUUUUGCGAAGCUUUUUGUGAACUGUGCACCAGGCCGGAAGUGUAUUUCUUACUGGUGCAGAUAUCCAAGAACAAAGAAUAUCUGGAUGCUGAUGACCUCAUGCUCUUUUUAGAAGCCGAGCAAGGGGUCCCCCACAUCACUGAGGAUAUGUGCUUGGACAUCAUUAGGAGAUACGAGCUUUCGGAAGAGGGCCGACAGAAAGGGUUUCUUGCUAUUGAUGGCUUUACCCAGUAUUUAUUAUCUCCAGAAUGUGACAUCUUUGAUCCAGAACAAAAGAAGGUCGCCCAAGAUAUGACCCAGCCCUUAUCUCACUACUACAUCAACGCCUCUCACAAUACCUACCUGAUAGAAGAUCAGUUCAGGGGGCCGGCCGAUAUCAACGGGUACGUGAGGGCUUUGAAGAUGGGGUGCCGGAGCAUCGAGCUGGACGUGAGCGACGGUUCAGAGGACGAGCCCAUCCUUUGCAAUCGGAACAACAUGGCCACGCCCCUUUCCGUCCGGAGUGUUCUGGAGGUGAUAAAUAAGUUUGCCUUCGUCGCUUCCGAGUAUCCUCUCUUUCUCUGCUUGGGGAAUCACUGUUCUCUGCCGCAGCAGAGGGUCAUGGUCCAGCAGAUGAAAAAGGUGUUCGGCAGCAAACUCUACACAGAGGCGCCUUUGCCGUCGGAGUCCUACCUCCCGUCUCCCGAAAAACUAAAAAAUAGGAUCAUCGUGAAGGGAAAGAAACUGCCUGCAGAGUCGGAUCUGCUGGAAGGGGAGGUGACAGAUGAGGAUGAAGAGGCUGAAAUGUCGCGGAGGAUGUCCGGGGAUUACAACGGUGAGCAGAAGCACGUUUGGCUCUGCCGGGAGCUCUCCGAUUUGGUAUCCAUCUGUAAAUCUGUCCAGCACCGGGAUUUUGAACUGUCUAUGAAAACCCAGAAUUACUGGGAGAUCUGUUCCUUCAGCGAAACGGAGGCCAGCCGGAUCGCCAACGAAUACCCGGAGGACUUUGUGAACUACAACAAGAGGUUCUUGUCCAGGGUCUACCCUAGCGCCAUGCGGAUAGAUUCCAGCAACCCGAACCCGCAGGACUUCUGGAACUGCGGCUGUCAGAUCGUCGCCAUGAAUUUCCAGACCCCGGGCCCAAUGAUGGACCUCCACACGGGCUGGUUUCUCCAAAACGGAGGGUGCGGCUAUGUCCUGAGGCCGUCGGUUAUGCGAGACGAGGUUUCCUACUUCAGCGCCAACACGAAGGGCAUUGUACCCGGAGUGUCUCCCCUGGUCCUUCAUAUCAAGAUCAUCAGCGGUCAGAACUUUCCAAAGCCCAAGGGGGCCUGUGCCAAAGGGGAUGUCAUCGACCCCUAUGUCUGUGUGGAGAUUCACGGAAUUCCCGCCGACUGCUCUGAGCAAAGGACUAAAACUGUCCAGCAGAACAGCGAUAAUCCCAUUUUUGAUGAAACCUUCGAGUUUCAAGUCAACCUCCCUGAGCUGACCAUGGUCCGUUUUGUGGUUUUGGAUGAUGAUUACAUCGGAGAUGAGUUCAUAGGGCAGUACACGAUACCGUUCGAAUGCCUGCAGCCCGGAUACCGGCACGUACCCCUGCGUUCCUUUGUGGGGGAUAUCAUGGAGCACGUGACCCUUUUUGUCCACAUAGCGAUAACCAAUCGCAGCGGAGGAGGAAAAGCCCAGAAGCGCAGCCUUUCUGUGAGGAUGGGCAAGAAGGUUCGGGAAUAUACCAUGCUCAGGAAUAUCGGGCUGAAAACCAUAGACGAUAUAUUCAAAAUAGCCGUUCAUCCCCUACGAGAAGCCAUAGACAUGAGGGAGAACAUGCAGAACGCCAUAGUGUCUGUUAAGGAGCUGUGCGGACUCCCUCCGAUUGCCAGUCUGAAGCAGUGCCUGUUAACCCUGUCCUCUCGUCUCAUCACCAGCGACAGUGCCCCCUCCGUGUCUCUUGUGAUGAAGGACAGCUUUCCUUACCUGGAGCCUCUGGGUACCAUGCCGGAUGUGCAGAAGAAGAUGCUGGCUGCAUAUGACCUGAUGAUUCAAGAGAGCCGGGUCGUCAUAGAAACGGCAGACACCGUCCAAGAAAAGAUUGUCCAGUGUCAGAAAGCAGGGAUGGAGUUCCACGAAGAACUUCAUAAUCUGGGGGCCAAGGAAGGCUUGAAAGGAAGGAAGCUCAACAAGGCCAUUGAGAGCUUCGCUUGGAACAUUACUGUGCUGAAGGGACAAGGAGACCUGCUGAAGAAUGCCAAGAACGAGGCUAUAGAGAACAUGAAGCAGAUCCAGCUGGCCUGUUUGUCCUGCGGCCUGAGUAAAGGCCCUGGCGCUGGCCCCGAGGCCAAGGGCAAGCGCAGCCUGGAAGCCAUAGAAGAGAAGGAGAGCAGCGAGGAGAACGGGAAGCUGUGACCGAGGCAGUGCGCAUGCGCACCUCAAGGACUCCGCUGUCUCCUUCUUGCCUUUUCGUUUUGUUUUUACAUUCUUCAGAUGUUCACAGAGAUGAUGCCCUCCGUGGGGUGCUGUACAUAAACAUAUAUUUUCACAGUGCCAGUAUUUUCCUGUAGUUAAUUUAUCGAAGCUAAAACUGUUAGUAACAGUGUUGUAAACGCUGAGCUGUGUGCGUAGACCUAUGUGUGGCUGCCCGUGUGCACGUGCGUGUGUGCGUGUGCGUGUGUGUGUGUGUGCGCGCGUGUGUGUGUGUGUGUGUAUACCUAUGUGUGGCUGCCUGUGCGCAUGUGCGAGAGAGAGAGAGAGAGAGAGAGAGAGAGAGAGAGAGAGAGAGAGAAGUCCUGUUAAAAUAUAUUCUCUGUCGCAUUAUUGGUUUUAGUAAGUUAUUCUUUUAUCAUUAUGAUCUGGAGACAGUUGAUAAUCUGAAAUAAUAUUGAGCACUUAGUGUAACCCAUCGCUAUGGCUAGUUUGAGCUCUGUCGUUGACAUUUAAUUAAUUUGGAGAUUCUAGCACAGCUUAUUAUUGAAGAAAGCCAAACGCAUCAAAGCAAGGGUGUUUUUAUAGAUCUUAAAUAUUGACCUAAAAACGACAGUAGAAAUUAAAGCAGAUAAAACAAUUUUCAAAUCAGAAUUCUGGACAGACAAAUUCACGUCUUCGUUCAGCAAAGUCUUUCAAAUAUUUAGUAAAUAAAAUCAAAUUUAGGAUUUAGUCUCUGUAGAUGUUUACUAAGCAUGUGGCUUCGGGAGAAGAGCUGGCCACAGUGAAUCGGUAGCCACCAGGCGGUACUCUGAAACUCACCCAGUGUCUGUUGUAACGGGACUGUUGAUGGGACAGUAAUGGAAUCAGAUGUGAUAUCUCCAGGUUUGCAGGGCGGGAGUGUGGCAUUCAUUUGCUGGAAGUGGGCAGAUGCACGUGCUUGGCCAGGAUUGGAUUGAGUAUCGGGUACUAAAUUUAAAUUUAAAAACAUUGUGCAAACAAUAUCCUUUCGUCAUGUUGAGGGGACAUGAAUUCUGUAAGUCAGACAUCAUCUUUAUGAUGAUGUGUUGGGUAACUAAUUCGAUGGCAUGCAUGGAUAAUCUUAACGCAUACAGUAAAACUCACAAAGAAGGAAAUGGCUAAUAAGGGUACGUUUAUAAUGAUAUCUAGAUUAUUUUACCCUAAUGUCUUCAUAAACCUCUUAAAUGUAAUGUUCAUUCAUCACCACCAACAGAACUAGAUGUUCUAUGGUUAUGAAAGAAUAUAUUUAUUUAAAACAUUGCUUUUAUUUUGAAAAGCUUCUUAAUUAAUUUGAUUAACAAAUAUGCUAAUUUGGGGGAGCCUAGAGAAGAUAAUUGUUGAAAUUUUGCAAAUAUGAACAUCCUCUAUAGCUACUGUGUUAUUUCUGACUUCUUAAUACAACUAUGUUCUUGUCACACAUUGCCGAAAGAGUAAAGAUAUCAAAACAUGGA